ACAAUUUGUAUCAAGAUGUGUGCCAAUCUGCAAAUAUAUAAGAUCCAAUGAGAGCUCUUUCCAGCAAUUUAAGACCCUUUAACUUGUGGAGUUUGAUACAACAAAAAACAUAUCAUCAGCCUUCCAUCAUCCAAGCGUAUGUGAACAUUAUUAUAAACUCUGUCUUAAAUUCACAACCAUAAAGACUAAUAAGUGUACAGAAAAAAAAACUAAACUUCAUCAACCAUCUCUCUCUUCCUCUUCAACAACUUACACAAGAAACAAGUGAAUAACAACAAAGAACGAAAAAAGACAAUGGAAUCAUCAGACAACAAAUACAAGAAAGGAUUAUGGACAGAGGAAGAAGACAAGAUUCUCAUGGACUAUAUAAACGUUCAUGGGAAAGGAAGAUGGAAUCACAUUGCGAAGAAGACGGGCUUGAAAAGGUGUGGGAAAAGCUGUAGGUUAAGGUGGAUGAACUACUUGAGCCCGAAUGUGAAACGAGGCAAUUUCACUGAGGAAGAAGAAGAUCUUAUCAUCAGGCUCCACAAUCUUCUUGGAAACAGGUGGUCACUGAUUGCCAAGCGGGUGCCUGGGCGAACUGACAAUCAAGUAAAGAAUUACUGGAAUACUCAUAUAAGCAAAAAACUGGCUGCUGGUAAACAGCUAAGUGGAAGACGUUUUAACGUCAAAGAUAAAACUGGCAAGAUUGCUGUUUCUAGCUCAACAAAUUCCAUGGGACUCCACAGUUUCAGCUUUAGUUAUGUCAACAAUAGUAUUGCAACCAAGGAAUUUACAGUUGAUGAGGACAUUCAGAUAGCUUCUGAAGUCGCGGACACACAAGAACUGACCUUCUUCAACAGUAGCUAUCCAUACUCUUUCUGGUUUUUUGAUAAUGAACCAGAGCUCAAUAUAAUAGGAAACGACUUCUUGGGUGGCUAUGCUUCUGAUUUUGCUUAGUAUUGUCAUAAACAAUCUUCAUUAGCUAUCUAAGAAAAAUCUCUUCUUCGGUUAUCAUAUAAAAUAAGUGCAGCAAUUUUCAUUAGUUUUCUGGUUGAUAACACAGUGGUCCUCCUGAACACAGCCAUUGUAGUGUUUAGCAAUGAGGGCAAGCUGGCUAGGACAAUUAAAGGCCUUUUCCAAAACGUUUUUCAGGCUUGUUGGUAUAAAUAAAAGCUUAGAGCUGAAUCUUCUGCUGUCUUAAUGUAUCAGUGAAAAAGAGUAGGAUAGCAUUAAAAUCUUGU